AAGUUAUAGGUUCUUGUGACCAAAAAAUCGAUUUAGUAAGCAAAGGUAGAAUUAUUCCAAAAUAAUCCAAAGGUGAAAUUAUUUUUGAAAAAUCGAUCAAAAGUGAGAUUAUUCCUGACAAAUUUUCAUGAUAUUAAUCCUAUCAUUCUUGAUAUCUAUAAUCAAUAACUUUCACCAUCAUGAAAUCUAGGUAGUGAUUAGUUCCUCCACCUUACAGAAAAAAUAAAUAAAAUUCUAAAACUUUGAUAUAGAUAAAGAAGAAAAAUCAAGAAACGUACAACUGGUGAAAUACAAAAGGUAAAGUUGAUCCACUCUUCGUCUACCCCUCAACAAAAAAAAAAAAAAAAAAAAAAAAGUUGAUCCACUCUAAAAACUUCUCCAUAUCACUUUCCCCCACCUCAGUUUUCUUCAACAGACAAACAAAGCAAAACACAACAAACAGGGGAAGUUGCCACGUUAUAAUUUAAUCUCUCUCAAAAUUCAUCUUUUUUUUCUUCUUCUUUCUACAAUUUUGUUUGUUUUCUUGGCUGCUCCUUUUUCUUUCCCUCCUUUCUUUCUUCAUGAUUUUCAAUUUCUGAGCUUUUUUUUUCUGGUAAAUUUCUUGUUUAUUUUAUGUGAAUGAAAGUUGACCUAAUCAUCAUCAUCAAUAACCAAUUAACAACCCAGAAAAAAAAGAGCUUGAAAAAUACCCACUUGAAAAAAGGCACCUUUAUUGAGAAGAGAGAGUGAAGAGUGGUGGUGGAGGAGGAGGCGGAGAUGGGCAACUCAUUUGGUUGCUCCGCCUCCGGUGAGCGGUUGGUGUCGGCUGCAAGAGAUGGAGAUUUGGUGGAGGCAAAGAUGCUUCUAGAAUGUAAUCCAUGUCUUGCUAAAUACUCUACUUUUGGUGGUCUUAAUUCUCCACUUCAUUUUGCUGCUGCUAAGGGACAUAAUGAGAUUGUGGCAUUGUUGCUUGAGAAUGGGGCUGAUGUCAACUCCAGAAACUAUUGUGGGCAGACGGCGUUGAUGCAAGCGUGUAGAUAUGGGCACUGGGAGGUUGUGCAAACUCUUCUGCUCUUCAGAUGCAAUGUUACUAGAGCAGAUUACCUCAGUGGGAGAACAGCUCUCCACUUUGCAGCUGUUAAUGGUCAUGUGAGAUGCAUAAGGCUGUUGUUUGCUGAUUUUAUCCCCAGUGCACCUUUGGACUCUUUGAAUGCUCAAAGUGCGGAGGGUGGUGAAGGAUCGAAUUUUAAAAACAGUGCUUUGUCAAAGUUUGUGAAUAAGCCAGCUGAUGGUGGUAUUACAGCCCUUCACAUGGCCGCAUUGAAUGGGUACUUUGACUGCAUGCAGCUUUUGCUUGAUCUUCAGGCAAAUGUGUCAGUUGUGACGUUUCAUUAUGGCACAUCAAUGGAUUUAAUUGGAGCUGGAAGUACACCUUUGCAUUAUGCUGCUUGUGGGGGGAAUUUAAAAUGCUGUCAGAUUCUCCUUGCUAGAGGCGCCAGUCGCGUGACUUUGAACUGCAAUGGAUGGCUUCCAGCUGAUGUUGCAAAAAUGUGGGGACGUCAUUGGCUUGAGCCUUUACUCGCACCAAAUUCCGAGUCAAUAAUUCCAGUAUUUCCUCCUUCAAAUUACCUGUCUUUGCCUCUAAUGAGUGUGCUCAAUAUAGCAAGAGACGAAAAUGGCUUGCAGGCUUCUGUAAACUCCUUUGAUGAGUCGGAUACUUGUGCUGUAUGCUUAGAGAGAGCAUGUAGUGUGGCUGCAGAAGGUUGCGGACACCAACUUUGUGUCAAAUGUGCACUAUAUCUGUGCUCUACAUGCAACAUUUCUUCUGAGAUGGUCGGCCCACCAGGGUCCAUACCCUGUCCACUUUGCCGACACGGGAUCAUCUCAUUCGUGAAACUCCCCGGAUCCCUCGAAAAAGAAAUAAAACUUCCGCUCUCUCUGGGGUUUUGCACCCCAUGCAUGCUCCACCCUCGGGAUUCUGAUCGGUCAACCGCCACUUCUACGCCAGACAUUCGGAAGAACCGGGUAGCUUCAGUUUCUUCAGAUAUGUUCUGCCCAGUCUCCUGCAGUCCAUUCCCAUCAGUUGCAAUCCCCUUGUGCAAUUGCAAUGAAGGUCCUUGCCCCCCUUUUGAACCCCGAGAUUUGGAGAGAACAGAUGAAUCUCCUCGCCAUUCACAAGGAACAGUCGAGUCAGAUAAAAUGGAAGGUCCUAGACUGGAAAGAACUAGUUGUUCAAGCAUGUUCUGGGGAAGGAGGAGCUGUAGCAGAGAGAACCAGUGCAACUCUGAGAUUAAUGCUUAGUAAAAAGUAGUCAUUUAUUGUGUGAUUCUGAGUUUUCCUCCUUUCAUUCAGUCAGCUUCCUGCUGAUAUAUUGAGGAACACUUUUUUUUUCUCCCUGAAGAGGAGAAAGUGUUAAUUUAAAAGAUUUAGGAAAGAAAAAGCGGGUGUCGCAAAGCGAAAGGUUUCAGAUUUCUGUUGUAGUUUUUAGGGAUUGAGAGGUUGGGGGGUCUGUAAAUUUUGAUGUCGAAGAAUUUGGUUUGUCAGAGGUUCUUACUUCUUUCCUUUUUAUCCCACAUGUACACAGGAAGUGGAGGUAAGUGUAAUUGUUUGAAUAUGAAAAUAGAUCUGUAAGAUACAAGUUUGGUCGAAAAUCCUAAGCUUCUAUUUCUCA